AUGAUCAAGUUGAUCCUUUUCGUAGCAAUCCUCAUGGGCGUGGCUCAGGCUACUUUAAUCAUUAAGCCCCCAAAGCCAGUGGAACCGAGCACCAAGUGCCAGAUCUACUGGAGGGAAUACGCUUGGGCUCUAGAAGAUUGCGUCUGCCGGAUCUUCCAAAACGCGUGUCUCCUGAACGCAGAGAGCAAUCAGCGGGAGAAGGCUGGAAAGACGCCUCUCAUCCCGGUUUCGGAGAAGGUAUGCAAGAAGUUCAUCCCUACCAAGUGCAAUCUCCUUGGAUGGCCUGUGGUGGCUAAGUUCCCGGUUCCGUCUCCUUGCGGAUGCAAUGGCAAGCCCGGAAGCCUCGAAACCAAAAAGUUCAGAAGUCUCUGCGAACUACUGAAAUACUCAGCUGAUUGUUCUCGACCCUUCAUCAGCUACUCAAAGUGUUAA